UGUGCUCAUUUGAUCUGAGACGCCGAGACAGUAAGCAGCAUGAACAUGUUCUCCUGUUGGACUUCUCCAUCUGACGAUGACGAGCCGCACAGGCGGGUAAACGAACCGGAGAAGAGGGUAAAGAAGAGAAAAUGGUGGCAGAGACGCCAGAAGGUGGAGAUGCAGGACGUGGAGGGUGGAGAGGGAAGCGGGGUAAAGGGUGAAGAGAUGGGGCAAGGAGUGGAGCAGAAUGUUUUAGAGGACCAGGCAGACCAAAUACCAAAGAUGGAGAAGCAGGUGGUUCUGGGAAAAACCAAACCUGAGAAGAAGGUAAAGAAGAGAAAAUGGUGGCAGAGACGCCAGAAGGUAGAGAUGCAGGACGUGGAGGGUCAGGAGGGAAGCGGGGUAAAGGGUGAAGAGAUGGGGCAAGGAGUGGGGCAGAAUGUUUUAGAGGACCAGGCAGACCAAAUACCAAAGAUGGAGAAGCAGGUAAAGAAGAGAAAAUGGUGGCAGAGACGCCAGAAGGUAGAGAUGCAAGUGGCCUCAUGGGACCUGGUGGAAGAACCAGAGCAGGUCGUCCUAAAGGACCAGAGAAGGGAACCAGUAAACAAGGUGGUUCUGGUUUCUGACAUUGAGAUGAAGAAGUUAAAGCAGGUGGACCCAGUGGAGCAGGUGGACCCAGUGGAAAAAACAGACCAGGUCGUGAAGAAGACCGAAAGGCAGGUGGACCCAGUGGAAAAAACAGACCAGCCCGUGAAGAAGGCCGAAAGGCAGGUGGACCCAGUGGAAAAACCAGACCAGGUCAUGAAGAAGGCCGAAAGGCAGGUGGACCCAGUGGAAAAACCAGACCAGGUUGUGAAGAAGGUAGAGAGGCAGAUGGCCCCGCUGAACCUGGUUGAAGAACCAGAGCAGGUCAUCCUAAUAAACCAGUGGAAGGAACAUGUAAAAAAUAGGGUUCGUUUCAUUGAGAAUGAGAUAAAAAAGGCCGAGAGGCAGGUGGACCCAGUGGAAAAACCAGACCAGGUCAUGAAGAAGGCCAAAAGGCAGGUGGACCCAGUGGAAAAACCAGACCAGGUUGUGAAGAAGGCCGAAAGGCAGGUGGACCCAGUGGAAAAACCAGACCAGGUUGUGAAGAAGGUAGAGAGGCAGAUGGCCCCGCUGAACCUGGUUGAAGAACCAGAGCAGGUCAUCCUAAUAAACCAGUGGAAGGAACAUGUAAAAAAUAGGGUUCGUUUCAUUGAGAAUGAGAUAAAAAAGGCCGAGAGGCAGGUGGACCCAGUGGAAAAACCAGACCAGGUCAUGAAGAAGGCCAAAAGGCAGGUGGACCCAGUGGAAAAACCAGACCAGGUUGUGAAGAAGGCCGAAAGGCAGGUGGACCCAGUGGAAAAACCAGACCAGGUUGUGAAGAAGGUAGAGAGGCAGAUGGCCCCGCUGAACCUGGUUGAAGAACCAGAGCAGGUCAUCCUAAUAAACCAGUGGAAGGAACAUGUAAAAAAUAGGGUUCGUUUCAUUGAGAAUGAGAUAAAAAAGGCAGAGAGGCAGGUGGACCCAGAGGAAAAACCAGACCAGGUCAUGAAGAAGGCCGAAAGGCAGGUGGACCCAGUGGAAAAACCAGACCAGGUCAUGAAGAAGGCCAAAAGGCAGGUGGACCCAGUGGAAAAACCAGACCAGGUCAUGAAGAAGGCCGAAAGGCAGGUGGACCCAGUGGAAAAACCAGACCAGAUUGUGAAGAAGGUAGAGAGGCAGAUGGCCCCGCUGAACCUGGUUGAAGAACCAGAGCAGGUCAUCCUAAUAAACCAGUGGAAGGAACAUGUAAAAAAUAGGGUUCGUUUUAUUGAGAAUGAGAUAAAGAAGGCCGAGAGGCAGGUGGACCCAGUGGAAAAACCAGACCAGGUUGUGAAGAAGGUAGAGAGGCAGGUGGACCCAGUGGACACAGUGUUAAAACCAAAGCAGGUAGGAAAGAACCAGAUUGAAAUAAAGAAGCCAAAUUUAGAGGAGAAAAUGCUCCUCAAAAACCUGGAGAGGAUGGAGAACAAAAGGCUGGAGAAGCAGGUGCUUCAGAUGGACCAGAUGUCAAAGGUAGAAGAACGAGUGGAUCAGGUAGGUUUGAAGACUAAGGUUAAUAAACCUGAGGAGCAGGUGUGUCUACAGGACAGGCAGGUGGUUCUAGUGAACCGGGUGAAGGAAUCAGACAGGGAUGAAGCACCUGAGCACCAGUGGACAGAACUGGAGGAGCCAGCAGCUUUGGAGCACCAAACAUGGAAACUGAAGAAGCAGAACCUGGAUAGAGGAUGCACUGAAGAUCCACUGAAGAACAUCUCCGAGGCGUCUUCAAACAAACCGGACCACGAGCAGCUGCAGGACGACGUUCUUGUUUCCCCCAUCGUCGAAGCCCAACCUGGAGAGUCCGGGGCUCUGAUGGAGACCGCGCGUGAAGAUGAAGGUGUCCCGAUGCCGAAGUCGAGGAGAGCCAGCCUGAGAACCAAACGGUUCCAGUUCUUCAACGUCUGAAGCUGAGGUGGUGACGAUCCGGAGAUCAUCCAAUCACACGCCGACUUUUCCAACAUCAAAAUAACAAUAAAGUGCCUUCAUGAA